CGUCCAAGGGUUACUGUACGUUUCAACGAUUUAUAUUUAGUCUUAGUCCCAUGGUUAUAUUAUGUUUGUCCUGCGUCUCAGUAUUGGCUGCUGGCUCUUAUGUAUCCUAGGGAUAGUUUCCAUUUAGCUUAUAUCCCGAGUUACUUCAUUUUUGUCCUGCGGCUCAGGGUUAGUUCCUGAUUUGUAUGUCCUAGGGAUAGUUUUAUACUCUUUUCUAGAGUUACUUUAUGUUUGUCCUGUGUACGCCAGACAGGGAACAACUUCUUGUAGCAUAUAUUACAAUGAUACGUUUUUUUUUCUGUACUUAGUGAUUUUUAGUUUUUCUUUGCCACAGAUAUAGUUCAUAGUUAUCCUUCAUCCCUGGGAUACUUUAGCUUUGUCCUGUGUUUUAGUGUCAUCAGCGCUUUAGUGUGCAAGAGAUAUUUUAUGUUUACGUUGAUUCCCACGGUUACUCUAUGUUUGUUCUGUAUCCCAGCGUUCCGUGCUAGCUGUGCAGUGCCCCAGGGUUAGUUUAUGUGUGUCCAGAGCCGGAGGCUGGGCUGGUUGGUUCUGGCAGCUACAGGAAAGCAGUAAAGGCAGUCACUAUGCCGGGCAGUGAGAAUAUACAAUUAGACUUUCCUCACUACAGCUCAGUUCUCUUGGAUACCCUCAACAAGCAACGUCUGGCAGGAAAGUUCUGUGACCUGUCAGUGCAAGUUCAAGACAGGAUUUUUAGAGCUCACAAGACUGUUUUAGCUGCUUCAUCUCCAUAUUUUCAUGACAAACUUCUCUUAAAUGACACCGACCACCUGGUUCUCCCUAGUGUCAUCCAGCCUUAUGCCUUUGAGAACCUUUUGCAGCUUAUCUACUCUGGAAAUCUUUCUUUGGAUGUUGAAACUUUGCCUGCUCACCUGCUGGUUGCCAGUGGAUUACAGAUGUGGCAGGUUGUUGAUCGAUGCUCAAAAAUACUGAAAGAAAGAGAACUUCACACCCCCCAACCCUGGUCUAGUCGUGCCAGUGAGAGUCAGUCACCCAGCAGCAGCUUCCAGCCUCCACGGGAGGAACCACCACCUGCACCAAUAUCAGUUGGCGGCUCUGAUGACGAAGAAGUCAUUAAGGUUAGAGUAUCUGAGGAAGAAGAGGAAGAGGAGGAGGAAGAAGAUUCACAGAGUGUGAUAAAUGUUAUAGAUGAACCAGCAACAGCCAGCUGCUCUUAUGCCCUUCCUUCCUCUUCCUCUCAAGGAAGUCCCAAAAUGUUUUAUAUCAAACAAGAGAAUGCAGAAGAGGAGAGUGGUUUUCUGAAGACUUUUGGCAUGGCUGAAAUGCCAGCUGAAUAUUCCUCCGAUAUGAGCUUUGUCCUUCCCCCUACCUCUUCAUCUUCUGAUGUUUCACUUUGUAUGCCACAAAAAAUCCACAGUGUUGCAGAAUCCCCAGCCUUCACUUUCUCUAAACCUGUGGACCUUCAUGGUAAUGAGAUAAUCUCCCAUGCACUCCAAGCACAGACUAUUCACGCACCCAUCAAGCUUGUGGCUGCACCUGAUGGGAAAAAAUUUGGCUGCAUGUGUGGCAAACGCUUUGCGGUUAAGCCCAAGAGAGAUAGGCACAUCAUGUUGACUUUUAGUUUACGACCAUUCGGCUGCUCUCUCUGCAACAAAAAAUUCAAGUUAAAGCACCACCUGACAGAACACAUGAAGACCCAUGGAGGAAAUUUGUACUCCUGCGAUGACUGUGGCCGGAAAUUUAGAGUACAAAGCUGCUUCCAAAAGCACAAAGAAGUUUGCAAGGGACAAAGAUGGGCCGGGGCCUGCUGGACAUACAAGUAGAUCCAAUAUCUAGGGAGUCAGCCUUACAACUCUCUAACCAGAGCCAUUAAAUGGGGUCUCUGUAAUAUUGACUAACUGCAGAAUCCAGUGUUCCUCUGGGUAUUACCAUAUAUAUAAAGAAACACAAUUCUUAAGCUCCUUUGUUUAUUGUUUAGAACUAUGUUAUUUUGUAAAUUGCACUGUAGGAUGAAGUUAUUUACUACAAAACAGGAAUCUGUAAACGUAGUUACGUGGCCCACUAAUUAGUUUUCCAACAAUAUUCUGCGUUGGCACAACAAUUGGUAUAUAGGAAGUACAAAGGUCGUUUGUGGAAUGUUAUCUUUGACCUUUAUCUGAACAUACAUGCUAUAGCAUAAAGACAAUUAUAUAGUCUUCACGGACUAUAAAUAAAAUUGACAACGCUGUAGGGCAAUUUGAGACCCAAACACUCUUUACAUUUUAUUUAUCCGUUUCAUAUUUUGAAAUAUUAUCAGGUAUUGUUUAAAUAAGGACUAACACUGAGGUUAUAUACAGGAGUCGGGAGGGUCUUAAGACUUUUUGUAAAUAUAUCCAUAUGCAUUAUCUAUAUAUGUUCUUGUGUGAGGUUAUAGUAUUAAGGUUGGAGAUAUUUGGUUAUAUUGAAUGUCUACAAUAAUAA